GAGCUAAAAUCCUUUGGGAUGGGUUGGGAGAGGGAUGCAGGCUGGAGGCACGAGCAUCGUGUCCUUGUGGCAUGGGACAUUCCUGCUGCUCCUACCGAGGGGCUGGAGGGCAGGAUUGGGAUCUGGAGAGCUCGGAGCUGUGUGGGCAGCACCUGCGGGCCUGGGGGGAUGUUGGCAGCUCCGUGAAGAUCAGCAAGGCCAGCAGGGAAAUCCCCUGGGACAGGCUUUAGGCAGGGGAAAUCCUCCCAAAGGGUGAUGCUCCGUUUGCUGUGGUGCUGGAGGAGCCUUGCACUGACAGCUCCUCCCAGGAAUGAGAGGCUCAGUAUUUUUAGCCUGACCGCAGUGUCAGAGACUCCCUCAUCUCUCCUGCUCUUCCUGGGAAGCAGAACCCGCUCCUAUUCCUGAAUAAAUUCAUCCUUGUUUGCCUCCCUGGAAGAUGCCAAGCCCAGCGCUCCCAGGGCACCCUUCUCCAUGGGCUAGCAGGGAUGGAGGAGAUUCUGGAGGGUUCCCAGAGGGACACCAGCUCCCUUGGCAAGGGGCACAGUGGGAAUAACCGUGGGAGGUCAUGCUUUGGUUUCUGAGAAAUCCGGAAGGCUGCGUGGGUGCACGCCCACCCCGUCACGCGGAGGCAGAGGAAGUCCGGCGCUGGAGCAGAGGUGCUGCCAAAGGGACCCUCUUCUCCUCCUGGAAAACCCAGGCCUGGGUGCUCAGGGAGGCCACCAGCAGCACAAGUGACCAGAAUCAGGUUUUCUGCCUCAAAACUGCCCCAGGGCUCGGCGUGAUGCUGGCAGCAGGGAGGGAUAGGCAGGUUUCAUUGGAAGGAGAGGAAUACCUGGCUCAGCGUGGGAUCUCAGUGGGACAACAGCUCCUGGAAUCCCAGCCAGGGAUGGGCUGGAGGGAUGGGUCUCACCAGAGCCUGCCACAAACACCCAGCUCUGCCCACUCAGUACACAUGGAAUUAGUUAUCCUGUUUUCCAGGCUGCAGCAUUUUAAGGAGUGCAUCCAGUUCAUCCAUGAGUGCCGGCUCGGAGGGGGAGGCUGCCUGGUGCACUGCCUGGCCGGGGUGUCCCGCAGCACCACCAUCCUGGUGGCCUACCUGAUGACGGUGACAGAGCUGGGCUGGCAGAGCUGCCUGGCUGCCACCAAGGCCGUGCGCUCCUACGCCAGCCCCAACGCCGGGUUCCAGCAGCAGCUGCAGGACUACGAGAGGACCCUGCUCUGGGAGGUAAAGUCCCCUUGGAUACAUUUUGGAGGGGUUUGCAACCAGGUGCAGCUCCUUUGCAUGCAGCUCUCUGUUUGUCCCAGCUGGGUUUUGGGAAUGUCAUUGAUUACCUGGGGAUUUGGGGGUUUGCACGCAAAAAAAAAAAAGGAAAAUAAAUUUUUAAGAAGUGCCUCGAUAUUAUGUGAGCGCACUUCAAAAAGCUCUGGAAAACCCUAAACCCUAAACUAGAAAACCCUAAACUUGUUUUCAUGAGUUAGGACACAGCGGGAGGGAUGGGAGAGCAGUUUGUCCCUUGGGAACCUUAGGAAGGAGCUGGGCCAAUUUCCAGGAAUGCAGCACGGCGGGAGCUGGAGGCGAAGAGGGGGAGUGGAGAGGGAGGAAGGCUCUUGUGAGGAGUUUCGGGAUGUCUGGGCACGCUUGGAUGUGCCAGGGCUCCCUGUGCCAGCCUGCAGAGGCAGGUGACAGGUGGGAGCAAGUGUGGGUGGAGAAAUCUCCAAUCUUUCCUCCCCAAAAUGAGAUGGAGCAGCAGAUUUUGGGAGAGCAGAAGCUCGGGCUGGAUGGGUUCCCAUCCGUGCAGGGGAGGGAGGAUGGAGCAGAGCCCAGCAGGAUUCCAGCAGCUGGGAUGACAGUGGCACGUUCAACUGGGAGCAGAGAUCAGAGCUGCACUUUUGACCUGGAAAGCCUCCGAAAGCAGAGGAAAAGGCCUUGAAAGGCAGAGGGAAAGGCCUUAAAAAGCAAAGGAAAAGGCCUUUAAAAGCACAGCUCCCACCUGGCUCUCCGGCUGCCUCCAGCCUCCCACUCUGGACUCUGCUCCUUCACCCAUCCCUGGGGUCCCAAACUUCACCUGGGACACAGCUGGACCUCUGCAAGGAAAGGGGAGCCGUGGAAAAGAGGUGUGCCAGGGAUGUCACCGCCCAUGUCACCCCUGGACUCGGCACCAUCCCUGGAGGCAGAGCCCCCCACCCUCUGCAGCCCCGAGCAUCCUGCGAUGGCCCCGUGACAGACAGGACCCUGAGGUCCCUCCGGCCCUGCCGAGCCCUUGCAGGGGAUUCCUGCCCUCCCAGGAGGGAGCAGGGACAGCAUGAGGCACUGGCCCAAAGGCCAGCCCCUUCCCCAGCCCCAAGUUCCCUUCCCCGGCUGCGGCGGGCGCUGUCACAUGAGGGAUGUGGCUGUGCCCCGUUAUCACCAGCUUGCAGAAACGCCCGUGGAGGGGGGUGGAAAAUGCUCCAAGGGAUUACAAAACACCCCAGGGGCUGGAGAUUCCCUGCAGGGCUUCCCCUGGCUGGGCCAGCUCUCCCUGGCCCUUCCCACACUCUGGCUGAGUCCCGGCACAGGCCCUGCUCUGGGGUUUGCUCAUCCCAGUUAUUCCUCCUGCUCCCAGCAUCCAGACUGGGCUCAAUGGUCACCACGCUUUCCUCCCUAUCCCUUGGAAGCUGCUUUUCCAUCACCUCCCAAGUUUUGCCAGUGGCUUUGCAAUGCUUUCCCUGAAAUACCCGAGGCACAGCCAAGGGUGGAGGAACUUGGAUGUGUUUUCUUGACCGUGGGAUUUAGCAAGAGCUGCCUUUUCCUUGAAACUCCCACUCCGUGAUGACAGCACUGGGGAGGGAAUGGCCCUCGGGGUGGAAAAGCCUCAAACCUUGCUGCUUGAAACCUGUGAGGAAGCAGGUUGGUCCUUCUGGGCACCUCCUCAGGCUGUGGUGCCUCAGUUUCCUUCAUCCCAGGGAGCUCAGACGGGAGCAUGAGAGGAAGGAAUGGGGAAGAUGCUCCCUGGGACUGCCCAGCCUCGCUGCUGGAGCAUGCAGCUGCGGUUUCAAGCUGGCAAAUGGGGCUUCUCUGGGCUGGAGGGAUAAAGAAGGAAGGAAGGGACCAAGAGCAGCAGCAGGAGGAUGGGUAAGGUUAGAAAAGGAAGUCAGCAGGCACAGACAAGACAGUGUGGAUGUGACAGAGGGCACACAUGGGCACUCUGGUGACAGAUCCGUGCCCUGUGGUACUGGCACAACAUGGCUAGGCUGCCUUUCUCCCCCUGGUGCCAUCCUAGAUGGGCUGGGUGCUCCUGGCCUGGGAGAGAGAGGGAGGAGGAGGAGGGCAGUGGGUUGGUGGUCUGCGCUGGAGGAAACGGGUUGGAACCACUUCUUGCUCUGGCUUUAAAAGGAAAUGCCUGGCAGCUUCCCCCAUCUCUCACCCACUCCUUCCCUCCUCCCUGGGUGGUGGGAUCCAGCUCCGAGCCUGGGUGCUGAGCCUUGGUGGGUGCCAGGCAGCUCUUCCCAUGGAGCUUCAUCCCUCUGCAUGGUUUCCAUGGAAGGGAUGUUCCCCCCAUGAGAUCCUGGCGUGGAUUCUUGUCCCAAAUCCUGUCCCAAACCCUUUGGGUCUCACUUCCCAGAGGUUGUUUCCUAGCAUGGUCUGGCUCUGGGGGAGCGCCCUGAGCACGGGAUCUUCCUGCUGGCAGGUGGCAGUUGUGUAACAGCCAUGGCGAGUCCUGCUGUGGGACGGAGUGAAUUUGGGAAAUCCAGACAUUCCCACUGGAAAUCCCCCCUGCCCCAGCUGAUUUUCCCUGGCUGCAGGAGAGGGGGAUACCACCAGGGUCAGUCGCAGGCUUUUUUGCCCUUGUGGCUCAUCCAGUGCUGAGCUGCCAAUCCUGCUGUCCUGCAUCCCGAACUUUUCCUGCGAACUUGGUGGCUAGUGCCCAUUUGGGAAGCCGAAUCCACAGCAAAGGCACCUCAUCCAAGGUGGGAGCUGCUUCCAUCUCCCUCUGGAUCCCCUAGCUGAAUCCCAUCCUGUCCCUGUGCCACCCCAUCCCAGGGCUCCCAUGCUUGGUCCCUCUCUGCACCCUUUGCACCCACGGGUGCCCUCCAUCCUUUUCCCGAGGUGUUUGCUGUUGCUGCGUGUGCCCCUACUACUCAUCCCAGUAAUUCCUAGCUGGAGCAGCAGGUUCCCAGCUCCUCAGGGAGCUGGCAGAGCUCUGGUUGUUCCCUACAAGCCCUGGGCAGCCAGAAUGGUGAAUCCUGGCACAGCUGCCCCUUCCUGCCCACGCUCCUCGGUGCUGCAAUUUGGGACUGUCUGGCUCUUUCCUCAUCCCAGCAGUAACGGGAACAGUUUCUCUGGACCAUCCCUUCCUUCCCAGCCACCUCCAGGCCUCAGCCUGCUUCCAGCUGGCCCCUGGCCACCGGGAUACUCCUGCCUCGGGAGCAGUCGGGAUGAGGGGGAUGAGAAGUUCCCCACAACCUCCCGGUGGUGAGCGAGGUGCUCUGACAACAAACCUGCCCCACCUUGCAAGGGCCAUCUCGGCGGGGGGGGGGAAAGCUUCGGGAAGCAUUCCUUACGGGAAUUCAGGCACAUGAGGAACAGCAGCAGCUUCUUGGCAAGCAGAAAUAAAUAAAGCUGCUGUCCCAGCUGCAGCCACUGCGGGAAGCUGAGGGUGCUGCCAGCUCUGUGCCGGGCUGGGGAUGUGGGGAGUGCUGGGAUGGGGGGGAUCCACAGCAUCCGUGGUGAGAUGAGUGUGAGCUCCGGUGGGAUUGGGACCUUCCUGCGUGCUGGAUGUGCCUGGGGAUCCCCCGGCCUCGCCUGAGGCUGCGGAGGGCUGGGAAUGCAGCAGGAAUUGCUUGGCUCCCUGCUUUCCAUUGGAGCUGUAGCAGCCUUGCUCUCUCUCUGGGGGUCUCUCAGCCUUUUCAGGUGACCCUGACAACCUUUUUUCCUGGCAGUACCGCGCCUGGAUCCGCCGGGAUUAUGGCAGGAACCCCUUCCAGGACCAGGAGGAGCUGCAGCGCUUGCUGGGCCAGCAGCACGAGGGGCAG